ACCUCAUCCUAGUUUUGAUAUAAAAUGCCACUCCCUUUUUUUGGGACCCUUUUUUGGUCUAUGCCAAGCUCCAAUUGCAGUCGUCUUCCCUCUCCCUCUUACCCCUUUAUCUUCUUCAGGCCACUUGGACAUUGAUAAAGGGGUAAAGGGUUGCAAACAAGCAGUUGGAUUAGGAGGGCUACUGGGUUUCUUGAACUAGAGAAACCCAGCAGUUUCCACUAGUCUUGAUGGCUUGCAGACUUGCAGGCUCCAGCUUCCUUCUUGUGGGUCAACAAAGGAGGUCAAUUCAGAACCAUAAAUUGUCCCCACUUACUUGUCCUGGCACAUUUAAUUUGAAGUGGGAAGAUAUAUUUCGUGGAAGAAACAACCAGAAAAGAUGUUUAAUAUCUUUGAGACAAAGUAGGGUUGUACAAGCUGUGGCAGUCCCAAUAGCUCCAUCUCCGGCAGACAGAAGAGAGCAUAGGAAACAAUUAUCUGAAAGAUAUGGUUUUCAACAGAUUGGAGAGCCACUUCCAGAUAAUGUCACUCUGAAAGAUAUUAUUGAAACCCUCCCAAAAAAGGUAUUUGAGAUAGAUGAUGUAAAAGCAUGGAAGUCUGUCUUGAUAUCUGCAAUAUCCUAUGCCUUGGGACUCUUCAUGAUUGCUAAAGCACCAUGGUAUCUACUUCCCCUGGCUUGGGCUUGGACAGGAACUGCAGUUACUGGGUUCUUUGUUAUAGGACAUGAUUGUGCGCACAAAUCAUUCUCAAAGAACAAGCUAGUGGAAGAUAUCAUUGGAACUCUGGCCUUCUUGCCACUGAUUUACCCAUACGAGCCAUGGCGUUUUAAGCAUGAUAGGCAUCAUGCAAAAACAAACAUGCUGCAAGAAGAUACAGCUUGGCAUCCUGUUGUAAAAGAAGAAUUUGACUCAAGCCCAGUCUUAAGGAAAGCAAUCAUAUACGGAUAUGGACCAUUUCGACCUUGGAUGUCUAUAGCUCACUGGUUAAUCUGGCACUUUGACUUGAAGAAGUUCAGACCAAGUGAAGUGCACAGGGUGAAGAUAAGCUUGGCUUGUGUAUUUGCUUUUAUGGCUGUUGGAUGGCCGCUGAUAAUAUACAAGACAGGGAUCAUUGGAUGGAUUAAUUUUUGGUUAAUGCCAUGGUUGGGUUAUCACUUUUGGAUGAGCACUUUCACAAUGGUGCAUCACACAGCUCCUCAUAUACCUUUCAAAGACUCAGAUGAGUGGAAUGCAGCUCAGGCCCAGCUUAAUGGGACAGUGCACUGUGAUUAUCCUAAAUGGAUAGAAAUCCUUUGUCAUAAUAUCAAUGUUCAUAUUCCCCAUCACAUUUCUUCACGGAUACCAAGCUACAACUUGCAGGCAGCCCAUCAGUCUUUGCAGGAGAACUGGGGCAAGUAUCUGAAUGAAGCUACAUGGAACUGGAGAUUAAUGAAGACCAUAUUGACAAUGUGUCACGUUUAUAAUAAGGAGCAAAACUACAUCGCCUUCGAUGAAAUCGCCGCUGAAGAGUCCCAGCCAAUCAAGUUCCUUAAGAAAGUAAUGCCAGAUUAUGCUUAAUUAAUUGGGUCCACUGCCUUUUUAUCACUAAAUAUUGUUAUUUGCUUCCAAGCAGUAAGGUUCUGUCUUAUUCCUACUGUACUUGCAUCUCUUCAAAUAAUUUUUUUCAAUCAAGUUUAGAACGAAGGAACCUUCCUAAUGGUGCAUACAUUGGUUUUAAAGAUUUUAGAUUCUCAAGAAAUAGUUCCAUUUUUAUAUGUAAUGAACACAAGACUUGGUCUCCCUACUAAUUGGACCUUCUUUGUGAUGGUUUCUCUUUUGCGAGCUUA